AUGGUCGAUGGACAGAUAAUGCGAGUUUGGGACGUUUCAUCUGGCGUUUGUAGCCAGCAGCUGGCUUGCGAUGGGCUCGUGACCUAUGUGGUUUCGAAAAGCUCGUCCAUCCUGGCUUCAACGUCAUGGGGUGGAUCUAUUCAAGUAUGGGAUACCUGCAAACGCCGGUGCUUUCUCAGACAGCACAUAAACGACCAGCCCUCCUUGAAAAGCUUUUCCUUUUCCAAAGAUGGAACCACCUCGGCAGUGAUCUUCAAUAUCAAAGACCUCCAAGUUCGAAUUUCGACUACCGGUGGUGUUAUUCCAACUUUGACCGUGCCGGUGCAUCCGAAGGCUAAAUUGAAAGGUAACAGCCAACCGCUGGAUAUUUCGGAAGAUGGAAAGUUCAUUGUGUUGGCGUCGUAUGGCGAAAUUCAAGUCUCGGACAUUGAGACAGGACGCUGCGUUUACACGAUACUAAGCCUCAUCCUACCCGCUGCUAGUCACCACCAUCAUCUGCAUCCUAAAUGCUGGUGUGGAAAACAGGGCUUCCCGUCCGCUCAGCCGUACUUAAGCCACCUAUUGAACGCGGCCGAGUGGAAUAUGAGCCCUUUCUCAGUCGCUGCUUUAUGGGUGAGCAACGCUAAGACGAAGGGUGAGUGCGGGUGA